GAACUGGCGAAAAAGAUGGAGAUAUCUUUUUCUCCUCAAUAGAAACACUAUGUAAUAAUUUUUUAACAAACUAUGACGAUAGCUCUACAGAAAUACCUCUACAAAAACUUUCUUAUAAGAAUUGGAGAGAGAGUGAAGAGGUUCUUAAAGAUAUUUUAGUUGAAAUACUUGAGACUUUGCCACUUACUGAAAGUUCUCCAAAAGAGAACACUUAUAUAUCUAAUAUUAAAUCUAGUAUUCCUCCCGAGCAGAAAAAGGGGCAAGGUAUGGUUAAAGAUUUUAUGGCUAAUGGUAGAGAUGGAGAGAAAAAAGCAAAAGAACAAAAAAUAGGAAUAGAUAAGAUUCAGUAUACCAAAUCUUAUACUGCAAAUAGUAUUUCAAGAUUUACUAAUUUACAGAUUCAAAUGAUUAUUAAUCAUUUCACUAAAAACUCUGCAAUAGAAUUCAUUGAUAAUUUAAUCAAAACUGAGAUUAAUGAAGAAGCUAAAAGAAUUUCAUUAGAAACAGAGUUAAGUAUUACAACCACCCUCUCUAUUUUGUUGUCUCAUACAUAUAAUUCGGAAGUUAUGAUAAAUGAGAAUGUCAAAUCUUUGCCAGAAACUAAGGUAAGCAUAUCUGCUAAAUUGAUUUCAAAGGAACCAGAAACUGUAAAUAUAUUUGAUAAGUAUAAUGAAAAUGAUGGUGAAUUCUCUGAUGAUAAUGAUGAUAAAUUCUCUGAUGAUAACGAUGAUGGGGAUUAUUGUGGUUUUUCUGACAAAGAUAAACCAG